AUGCCGCAAGACCUCAAGAAGCUGAUGCCCCAGGCCAAGAACCAUCGGGCGGGGCCCUACACGUGCGAAGCUGCGAAUGCAGAGAAGAUCGAGGGCGAGACGCUGCCGCGUCGCAACCUGGCCGCGAAAGACGGUCUGGUACUGAAGCCCCACGACAACGUAGAGACAUUGUACGACGUACUGCGACACGCUGCCGCCAAGUACGGCAAUGCAAAGGCAGUCGGUGCGCGUCGCAUCGUCAACAUACAUGAGGAGACCAAGAAGGUCAAGAAGAUGGUCGAUGGCAAGGAGCAGGAAGUCGACAAGAAGUGGCAGUACUUCGAGCUCAGCCCGUACAAGUACAAGAGCUUCGUCGAGUUUGAGAAGAUGGCGCUCGCAGUAGGCUCGGGCCUGAAGUCGCUGGGCUUUAACCCGCAAGACAGGCUCCACCUGUUCGCCGCCACGAGCAUGCAAUGGCUGGCGUCCGCACACGGUGCCAUCUCCCAGUCUAUGGCCAUUGUUACCGCAUACGACACGCUCGGAGAAGAGGGUCUCAGGCAUUCUAUGCUUCAGACCAACGCAAAGGUCAUGUUCACCGACCCUGAGCUGCUACCCAAGCUCGUCAACCCAAUGAAGGAGGCCAAGGACGUCCAGGUCGUCGUAUACUGCACCAAGAACGACCCCAAGCAGAAGGACAUUGAUACACUUACCCAGGCGCACCCGCACCUGAAGGUUAUGAGCUUCGACGAGCUGGUCAAGUUGGGCGAGGAGAGCCCUGCGGAGCCUAUCCCGCCCAAGGCAGACGAUCUGGCCUGCAUCAUGUACACGUCUGGAUCUACAGGCACCCCCAAGGGAGUCAUGAUCAAGCACCGCAACGUCAUCGCUGCUAUUGCUGGUGUCGAUGUUAUUGUAGGCAAGUACCUCGGACCGGGCGACGUUCUCAUCACCUACCUCCCCGCCGCGCAUAUCCUCGAGUUCGUAUUCGAGAACGCCGUGCUCUACUGGGGUGGUACCAUGGGCUACGGAACCAUCAGGACGCUCUCGGACCAGUCCGUGCGCAACUGCGCUGGUGAUAUCCGUGAGCUGAAGCCAACGGUCAUGGUCGGUGUACCGCAGGUGUGGGAGACCAUCAAGAAGGGCAUCGUCAACAAGGUUGAGGCGGGAGGCGCUGUCAAGAGCAACAUGUUCUGGGGAGCGUUCGCCGCCAAGGGCUUCCUCCUUGGUUCUGGACUGCCAGGUAGUGGUAUUCUCGAUGCCAUUGUCUUCAACAAGGUCAAGGAAGCCACCGGAGGUAGACUUCGAAUCUGCUUGAACGGUGGUGGACCCAUCUCAAAGGAGACGCAGCGCUUCAUCUCCAUUGCCAUUACACCCAUGAUCAGCGGAUACGGUCUGACCGAAACCUGCGCCAUGGGUGCGCUUAUGGACCCCUUGGCCUGGAACGAGCACGCCCUCGGUGAGAUGCCUGCUUCAGUCGAGAUGAAGCUCGUCGACUUCGCGGAUGCCGGCUACUUCUCCACCAACAACCCGCCUCAGGGAGAAAUCUGGAUCCGUGGCGGUGGUGUCGUAGACGGUUACCUGGACAUGCCUGAGGAGACCAAGGAGGCCUUCACCGACGACGGAUGGUUCAAGACUGGUGACGUUGGAGAGUUCAACGCCAACGGUGAAGUCCGCAUCAUUGACCGCAAGAAGAACUUGGUCAAGACACUUGCUGGAGAGUACAUUGCUCUCGAGAAGCUCGAGUCUGUCUACCGCUCCGCACCCAUUGUCGCAAACAUCUGCGUCUACGCUGCAGAAGAUCGCCAGAAGCCUGUCGCGAUCAUCGUGCCCACCGAACCACAACUGAAGAAGAUUGCCGCCGCAGAGGGUGUCCAGGGAGAUCACCUCGAGGAACUUGUUCACGACAAGAAGAUCAAUUCUGCCGUGCUCAAGCAAUUGCAGCAGGCUGGCCAAAAGGGUGGUCUGGCUGGAUUCGAGAUGAUUGAGGGUGUUGUGCUAGCAGACGAGGAGUGGACACCACAGAACGGCCUCACCACUGCCGCACAGAAGCUCAACCGCAAGGGUAUCUUGAAGCAGUACCAGAAGGAAGUUGACCAGGCCUAUGGCAAGUCGUCUUAG